CUCCCUCGCAUCACAACUGCGCUUUUCUCCGCAGUCCUCCCAAUCUUUUCCUUUUUAUCCCCUCUGGGAAUAGAGGGGACAAAGAGAAAUAGAUCUGAGAGCAAAGCAGGUGAGUGAGAAAGAGGGAGAGAGGCGAGACGGCAAUGGCGGUGGUGUCUCUGAGGUGGCUCCCGUUGCUGGCUUUCGGGCUCCUGGUGCUUCUUGCCGGCAGCCUCGGGUGGAUCGGCGGCGAGAAAGCUUCCGUCCCAAGGGUUGGAGAGAAGGCGAGGGCGAGGAGGAGUUUGAGAGCUGCGCCGACCAACGAAACUUCCUCCACUACUCCUGAGAGGGCUGGGCAGGAUGUGGUGUUGGGCACAGUCGACGAUCCGGAAUUGGUCGCAUCCGAAGUCCUCAUGAGCAUCAAGAACCACACAAUGCGGCGGUCGCUGGGGUACCUGUCAUGCGGUACCGGCAACUCCAUCGACGACUGCUGGCGGUGCGACCCGAAGUGGCACCGCAACCGCAAGCGGCUGGCCGACUGCGGCAUCGGGUUCGGGCGGAACGCCAUCGGGGGCCGUGACGGGCGCUACUACGUGGUCAGCGACCCCGGCGACGAUGACCCCGUCAACCCCCGCCGCGGUACCCUCCGCCACGCCGUCAUCCAGGACGAGCCCCUCUGGAUCGUGUUCAAGCGCGACAUGGUCAUCACCCUCCAGGAGGAGCUCAUCAUGAACAGCUUCAAGACCAUCGAUGGCCGCGGCGCCAACGUCCACAUCGCCAACGGCGCCUGCAUCACCAUCCAGUUCGUCACCAACAUCAUCAUCCACGGCCUCCACAUCCACGACUGCAAGCCCACCGGCAACGCCAUGGUCCGCAGCUCCCCCUCCCAUUACGGCUGGCGCACCAUGGCCGACGGCGACGGCGUCUCCAUCUUCGGCUCUAGCCACAUCUGGGUCGACCACUGCUCCCUUUCUAACUGCGCCGACGGCCUUAUCGAUGCCAUCAUGGGAUCCACCGCAAUCACCAUCUCCAACAACUACUUCACUCACCACAAUAAGGUGAUGCUAUUGGGUCACAGCGACUCCUAUAAGAGAGACAAGGCGAUGCAGGUGACUAUCGCCUUCAACCAUUUCGGUGAAGAUCUCAUCCAGAGAAUGCCAAGGUGCCGGCACGGAUAUUUCCAUGUGGUGAACAACGACUACACCCACUGGGAGAUGUACGCCAUCGGCGGCAGCGCAGAGCCAACCAUAAACAGCCAGGGGAACAGAUACCUUGCCCCUGCUAAUCCCUUCGCCAAGGAGGUGACAAAGAGGGUUAAUACGGAGGGGAGAGUGUGGAAGAACUGGAACUGGAGGUCAGAGGGGGACCUUCUUUUGAAUGGUGCCUACUUCACUCCGUCUGGAGCUGGAGCCUCCGCAAGCUAUUCAAGGGCCUCCAGCCUCGGUGCCAAGUCCUCUUCCAUGGUUGCCACCAUCACUUCCGACGCUGGGGCACUUCAGUGCCGCAAGCAUGCCCAGUGCUAGUUUGCACAUUUUUUAUGUUUGCACAGUCGAUUACACCAGUCUCCAUUUGCCGUUCUCAACCUCCCCUGCUUCCACCGUUAUGUCUGGAGCAGGCGUGAUGCGUUGCUGAUUUGUUGUUUCUUUUUUUUUUUUCCCCUUUUCUAUUUUUACGUCAUUGUUCUGAUGCCUUGUCUGUGUUUGGUCAAUCCACAGCGCUAGCUCUCCUUCCACCAUCUGGUGUUGAAUGGUUUUUUGAUAUUUUAUUUCCUUUUUUUGGUUUUUCUCUUUAAUUUCCAAUACAUGCAUAGCAUGAUGCCGGUUGGGUCAUGUUGUAGUAGGUGCAUGGCUAUUUCUAGGGAGGAAAAUAGUAUUUGUAAUAUGAAUUUUGCUUCCGUAUCUAAGGCAUUCUGUUCAAUCUUC